AUGGGAUGGAUCGAUGGACGCCUGGCGCCCAACGACACUGCCCCCGAAAUCGAGGCGGUCCUGCGAGCUGCCUGCGACGAUCUCUUCACCCAACUUCCCUACAUCCACACCCUCUGCGUGGACUUUGUGGUGUCGUACAGGGACUUCUUCGCGUUCAACCUGCGCGAGGAGCUCGACGUCGAUCACGUGUGCCAGGGUCUGCAGUUCUGCGUUGCCGACAAGACCGUUCCGCGCGGCGUGCACGUGGCGUUCGCGGGUGAUCCCUCCCGCAUGGCCGUCUCGUGGCUCACCUACGUGCCCACAAACACGUCGAUGGUGCAGUGGUCGCUGACGCCCGGUGGUCCGAUCAUCGGCACCGCGCAUGGCCUGCAGACAUCCUACCUCGUAACGGCCGGCUACAAUCACCACGUGGUGCUCACCGGACUGAAGCCCGCUACCAAGUACUACUAUCGGUGCGGCGACGCGCAGGGCGGGUGGAGCGCCCAGCAUUCGUUCACCAGCGCCAUCGACCAGCCCCGCCCCUUCUCGAUCGCCGUCUACGGGGACAUGGGGGUGCACAACAGCCGUAACACUGUGCAACGCGUUAAGGGCCUGGUGAACUCCUCUGCGAUCGACUGGGUCCUCCACGUGGGCGACAUAUCAUAUGCGGAUGACUAUGCUGGCAACAUCUACGAGUAUGUGUGGGAUCAGUGGUUCAAGAGGAUGGACCCGCUGCCGGCCUCGGUGCCCUACAUGGUGGGUCCAGGCAACCACGAGUUCUCGUGCAUGCACCCGCUGUGUGCUGUCUACUCGGCCAACUUCACGGCCUACAACCACCGGUUCAGGAUGCCCGGACCCGAAAGUGGAUCGAACACGUCGAUGUUCUACAGCUUCGACUACUCGCUGGCCCACUUCAUCUCCCUUAGCUCGGAGACCGAUUAUCCCUACGCUCCCUACGCAGCGCAGUUUGGGGACCAGCUCGCGUGGCUCGAGCGCGACCUCAAGAAAGCCGCCUCUGCCCGCAGCCCCGCACGACCCUGGAUCAUUGGCGCCCGCGCGGCCCUGCGCUCUCGGCAGCUUCAGCCAAGGCAUCCGUGGUCCAGUGGCAAGAUUUCCGCCUGCCACGCGGGAGACCCGGUGUUUGCGCACCGCCCGAUCUACACCUCGAACGCAGAGUACUUUGGCGAACCCGUCGGCUACGCCAAGUACCUACAAGACUCGUUUGAAGACCUGCUGAACAAGUACGGGGUCGAUCUGUACAUUGGAGCCCACGAGCACUCCUACGAGCGAAACUACGCUAUCUACCGGGGCCAGGUGAUGAGCAAGGACUACGUCAACCCCGGCGCUCCGGCCUACGUCGUCGCUGGAGCCGCCGGUUGCAUCGAAGGGCUGGACCCGUGGCCGUCGGCGCACAUGCCCCCGUGGACCGCCGCCCGCUACAAUGAAGACAUGGGAUACGCCACCCUCGACAUUCAGCCAACGACGAUGACCUGGAAGUACCACUCAGCCAGAGACGGCGUCGUGCGGGACCGCUUCACCAUCACCAAGAGCACACAUUGA